CACUAGCCCAAAGUUGCCGUGUCCGGAGGUGCUUCUACUAGUUCUUCGACAACUUUAUUCUAUUAACGCAGAGGGAUAAAAAACCUGUGUGUGUGACCACCCCAGAUUGAGGUGCCAGAUCCUUGACGAACAAGCUACACUCGCGUCCACUCGACCAGUCAGUCAUCGGGCAACGCUUCAAGGAUUCACACGGGUCGCAGCUUGAGUCUCUUACUGUUGAGUAUUUUACGGUGCUGGUGAUAAAAAGUGCAAAGUGUUAGUACAAGUCUGUUAGCCACUGUGACCUAGUCUUUUGUGUGUGGUAUCUUUCAAAAGCCGAAAUUGUAUAGUGCUGUAAGAUGUCCAAUAAGGUGCUAUUGUCCGAGGAUUCUGUCUAUCAGCAGAUCCAGGAAUACUACAAGGAGCAUGGUGCUUUAAUUAACAUUAAGAAGAUCUUCGAGGAGGACGACAUCCGUUUCGAUAAGUUCAGCCUGAAGUUGAAUACACCAAAGGAUGGUGAAAUUCUGCUGGACUACUCCAAGAACCGGAUCACCGAUGAAGCCUGGAAUAUGCUGCUCGAGUUGGCCGAAUCACGUGAUGUGGUCAAAACCCGUAACGAUAUGUUCAGUGGAGAACGUAUCAACAUCACCGAAAAUCGUGCCGUGUUGCACAUUGCUCUGAGAAAUCGCUCGAACAAGCCUAUCGUGGUUGAUGGUAAAGAUGUUAUGCCUGAAGUCAAUGCCGUGUUGGAGCAUAUGAAGGAAUUCACCGAUCAAGUUUUAAAUGGAGUGUGGCGCGGGUACACCAAUAAGAAAAUCAGCGAUGUUGUCAACAUCGGUAUCGGUGGCUCGGAUCUGGGUCCAUUGAUGGUCUCUGAGGCACUGAAGGCUUAUAACACUGGCAUUCGAUCUCAUUUUGUAUCUAACGUCGAUGGUACCCAUAUCGCAGAAACUUUGAAGAAACUGGAUCCGGAAACUACUCUUUUCAUCAUUGCUUCCAAGACCUUCACCACUCAGGAGACCAUCACCAAUGCCACUGCUGCCAAGACAUGGUUCCUGGAGCGCUGCGGUGAACAGGAACAUGUUGCCAAGCACUUUGUCGCCCUGUCGACCAAUAAGGAGAAGGUCGCUGCAUUCGGUAUUAACACCAAGAACAUGUUCGAAUUCUGGGACUGGGUCGGUGGACGUUACUCGCUCUGGUCCGCCAUUGGUCUGUCCAUCUCGCUGGCCAUCGGUUUUGAAAACUUUGAAAAACUGCUGGACGGUGCCCACUAUAUGGAUAACCACUUCAUGAGUGCUCCCUUGAAUGAAAAUGCUCCGGUUAUCCUGGCUUUGAUGGGCAUUUGGUAUUCGAACUUCUACGGUGCCGAGACGCACGCCCUGCUGCCGUACGAUCAGUAUAUGCACCGCUUUGCUGCCUACUUCCAGCAGGGUGACAUGGAAAGUAACGGCAAGGGAGUGACCAAGUCCGGCCGACGAGUUGACUUCAACACCGGUCCAAUCGUGUGGGGCGAACCGGGAACCAACGGACAGCACGCCUUUUACCAGCUCAUUCAUCAGGGCACCCGUCUGAUUCCGUGCGACUUCAUCGCUCCGGUCUUCACCCACAAUCCGGUGGAGCAUGGAGGCAUGCACAAGAUCCUACUUGCCAACUACUUGGCCCAGACGGAAGCACUGAUGAUGGGCAAAACUGAGGACCAGGCCCGUGCUGAACUGGAGAGUGCCGGCAUGUCCGGAGACAAACUGGAACAAUUGCUACCUCAUAAGGUCUUCACUGGUAAUCGUCCGACGAAUUCGAUCCUGGUUAAAAAGAUUACCCCAUUCGUGCUGGGAGCAAUGAUUGCCUUGUACGAACACAAGAUCUUCACCCAGGGCGUCAUCUGGGAUGUGAAUUCGUUCGACCAGUGGGGCGUCGAACUAGGCAAGGCAUUGGCCAAGGCCAUCGAAGUCGAUUUGAAUAAUCCUAACAAAACUACCUCUCACGAUUCAUCCACCAAUGGAUUGAUCAACUUUAUAAAGGUCCACUGGGAACAGGAUGGAAUCUAAGAGCACUAUUUUUACUCAUCUCUCAAACAAGUAAAAGUACACAUAUUAUGGUUAAUGUUAUCAAAUAUAUAAUCCUUAAAUUAUUCUUGGACGUACGUACGUUUUUAUUAGGCGAAUAAAAAAAUGCUAGAUGUAGCACAGCAUUACCGCAGAUUAGUGCAUGGCAAUUUAAAACAGAUGCUUUCGAUAAUAAAGUCAAAACACAGAUGUUAAAAAAAAA